CUAAUAUCUUCUCUUUCAUCUCUCUUUCACCUGAAAAUACCUCCUCCGUCUUCUUCUUCUUUUCACAAUUUUCUUUUCUCGAUGAACAGUCUUUUAGACUACUAUAAUUUGAUUAUAAUGUAAAAGAAAAAAAAUAGAAUUCAUAAUAUUAUAUAUUUUGAUUCUCAUGGAAGCUUUGAUUGUUGGGUAUUUUAGGUUUUGUUUAUUUUUCUUGUUAUGUCUAUUGUUGGAUGGGAACUGAGAGUAAGAAAGAAACUGUGUGAAAGAAGAACAAAAAUGGUGGAGAAGUUAAGACAGGACAGUGGUUGUUGUUUUCAUGUUGUAAACUAUUACAACUUUGUACAAUUUGGUCUUGUUUUAAACAAGUCAGUUUGAGUUUCAAUCUUAGUUGAAUCUCUUUUAACAACAUCCAUUGAAAAUCUUUUAAAGAAAAAAAAAAAAAGAUUGUUGAUUUCAUCAUUAAGUUCAUCAUCAACCAUGAAGAGACUUGGCAGCUCAGAUUCAUUGAGUGCUUUGAUGUCAAUCUGCCCAACUUCAGAUGAACAUAGUCCAAGAAACAACAACAAUGUUUACAUUCGAGAGUUUCAGUCGAUGUUAGAAGGAUUCGACGAAGAAGGUUGUUUUGAAGAAUUAACAGUCGGCCAUGGCGGUGGUGCCAAGAAGAGAAGAUUAAGUGUGGAUCAAGUGAAGGCAUUGGAGAAGAAUUUUGAAGUUGAAAACAAACUCGAACCCGACAGAAAAUCGAAACUAGCUCAAGAACUUGGGUUGCAACCACGACAAGUUGCUGUCUGGUUUCAAAACCGACGUGCUAGAUGGAAAACAAAGCAAUUGGAAAGAGAUUAUGGAGUUCUUAAGACCAGUUAUGAAUCUCUUAAGCUCAAUUAUAAUAACCUCCGCCAUGAAAAUGAAGAUCUUCUCAAACAGAUUAGUGAGCUGAAGGCAAAACUCAUCCAGCCGCCGGGUUCAUCUUUGGGUACCUCAUUGGAGCCGGCGGAAGUGAACUGCGAGAGCUUCAACGACGGCGGCGGCAAUGGAUCAGUUGGUGGUGGUGGCGACACCGUUUUUCCGGACUUGAAAGACGGAUCAUCGGAUAGUGAUUCGAGCGCUAUCUUGAAUGAAGAAAACAACAGCGGCGGAGACAUGGAGGGGGGCAGCCCAAACAACGGGGCGGCUUCUUCACCGUCCUCCAUGAAUAACUGCUUCCAGUUGUUCAAAACAACGUAUCAAACCCCGCAAUAUGUGAAAAUGGAAGAGCAUGAUUUCAUCAGUAGUACUGCAGAUGAAGUCUGCAAUUUCUUUUCAGAUGAACAAGCUCCAAGUCUUCAAUGGUGGAUCUAAUCUAAAUCAAACAUAUAUGUAUGUAUGUAAUUAUGGGAUUAAAGAAACGGAAUGCAAGAGAAUAAGGCAAACUCUCCAAGAAUUUUGUCCGAAGAAGAAGAAGAGAGAAAUUAAUGGGUUGAAGUGGAGGCGGUGGAAGUUGAAUUCAAUACCCAAUAGGUGGCGAGCGGCCAGUGCGGCGGUGCACGCGGUGGGCGAAUGAUUAGGUCGUAAUUGGAAGCUUUUUUUUUACUGUUCUUCUACUGUAAAUGGAAAAAUGUCCAAAAUCCGUCGGAGGAAAAGUAAAGCUUUUUUUCCUUCUAAUGGUGAAAAAGCAGAAAAAAAAAUAAAGUAGAUCAUCAUCAUCAUCA